AUGAAGCACGCGGCGGCCGCCCGGGAUGUGGCCACCUUCUCCUUGCGCGUGCUCCGCGGCAUCGCUUCCGGCGACGGCUCGAGCGCCAACCUGGCCGUCUCCCCGCUCUCCCUCCACGCGGCGCUGGCGCUCCUCGGCGCCGGCGCGCGGGGCGCCACGCUCGACCAGAUCGUCGCCUUCCUCGGCCCCGCCGGCGGCCCCGCCCACGCCGCGCUCGCGUCGCACGUCGCGCUGCACAUGCUCGCCGCCGACAGCGCCGGCGGAGGCGGCGGGCCCGCGGUGCGGUUCGCUAACGGCGUCUGGGUCGACGCGGCGCUGCGGCUCAAGGACGCCUACGCCCGCGUCGCCGCCGAGCACUACCGCGCCGAAGCGCGCCCGGCGCCCUUCAAAUCCAGGCCGGAGGACGCGAGACUACAGAUCAACCAGUGGAUCGAGAGCGCGACGGCCGGCCGGAUCAAGGACCUCCUUCCCCAAGACUCCAUCCACGGGGCCACGCCGGCGGUCCUCGCCAACGCGCUCUACUUCAAGGGCGGCUGGGAGAGCAAGUUCGACGCCUCGCUCACGCGGGACGGCGCCUUCUACCUGCCCACCGGCGGCCACGUCAGCGUCCCGUUCAUGUCGAGCACCGGCAAGCAGUACAUCGCCUCCCGCCUUGGCUACAAGGUCCUGAGGCUCCCCUACGCCCGUGGCCGCGAGCACCGGGCGUUCUCCAUGUACGUCUACCUCCCUGACGCGCACGACGGCCUGCCUACCCUGCUGCAGAAGCUGAGCUCCGACCCGGCGGCGCUGCUAGAGAGCUCCGCGACUCUGACGGCCAAGGUCCCCGUGCGCGAGUUCAGGGUGCCCAGGUUCACCCUGUCGUACAAGACCGAGGCCGCGGCGACGCUGCGGGACCUCGGGCUGACCCUGCCGUUCGACCCCGUCCGCGCCGACUUCGGCGACAUGCUGGAGGCGGCGCCGGAGCCGCUCGUCGUGUCGGAGGUCUACCACGAGUGCUUCGUCGAGGUGAACGAGGAGGGGACCGAGGCCGCCGCGGCCACCGCCGCCGUCAUGGCCUUCGGCUGCGGGCGCCCGUCUCCGCCGGAGGACUUCGUCGCCGACCACCCGUUCGUGUUCCUGAUCCAGGAGGACCUCAGCGGCGUGGUGGUUUUCGCCGGGCAAGUGACCAACCCUUCGGUUUCGAUCUAAAUUACGAUUUGGAAAAUGGCACGAUGAAUGGUCGAUCCUAGCGUGUUCACUCAUGCAAUUCAUAGGUUGUCUCGGUACUCUGCUCUGGUGCACUCCAGUUCUGUUGCACUAGUUUGAACUUUUUGGAAUCUGUGUUGAGAAUUUGUGGAUUCAACUUUGCUAGUCCA